AUGUUGAAGCCAAAGGAUCUGUGCCCUCGGGCGGGCACCCGUACUUUUCUGGAGGCGAUGCAAGCGGGCAAGGUGCACCUGGCGCGUUUCGUCCUGGACGCCCUGGACCGUAGCAUCAUCGAUUGUCGCGCGGAGCAGGGGCGCACGCCGCUCAUGGUGGCCGUGGGGCUGCCGGAUCCCACGCUCAGAUCCCGCUUCGUACGGCUGCUGCUGGAACAGGGCGCGGCCGUGAACCUGCGAGACGAGAGGGGCCGCACGGCGCUGAGCCUGGCCUGCGAGCGGGGCCACCUGGACGCCGUGCAGCUGCUGGUGCAGUUCAGCGGCGACCCAGAGGCGGCCGAUUCGGCGGGCAAUAGCCCAGUGAUGUGGGCCGCCGCGUGCGGCCACGGCGCGGUGCUCGAAUUCCUGGUGCGCUCUUUCCGCCGCCUCGGCUUGCGCCUCGACCGCACUAACCGCGCGGGCCUCACGGCGUUGCAGCUCGCGGCCGCCCGAGGCCACGGGCCUUGCGUCCAAGCGCUCACAGGCCCGUGGGGCCGCGCUGCCGCCGCGGCGGCUGCCCGCGCUCGGGGCUCUACCUCGGACAGUCCCCCAGGCCGGCCCAGUGCUGCGCCCAGCCCCGAGCGUCGCCGGCCUAGCCCCCGCCGCCUUCCGAGGCCCCUUCUGGCUCGCUUCGCCCGGGCAGCGGGCGGCCAUGGGGGUGAAAUAGGCACCGGGGGCAAGGGCUCGGGCCGGCAGAGAUCACUGGGCAACGAGCGGCCCGAAUUUGGCCGCAGCAUGAGCUUGGCGCUGGGCUCUGUGACCGAGGAGGAGGCUGCGCGGGUCCGGGCGGCAGCUCAGUUCCCCCAGCCAAAUUCCCCUCAGGCCUCGGGCACCGGGAGGUGGCGCUCACAGGAGCUACUGGAAGGCAAGGCUCUGGCCCUAAUCAAGGCUCCUGGUGGGCUCACCCCCCAUCCUGAGGGCGCCCCUGGGAGAGGCCGUCUCGGUCUGCGCCGCCGUUCUACUGCGCCGGACAUCCCCAGCCUAGUCGGGGAGGCGCAAGGGUCAGACGGCGGGCUGGAGCAGGAGCUUGACUCGCUGCCCCUCACUCUGCCUGGCCAGCAGACCCCUUGGCAGGGGGGUACUGAGGCAGAAGCAGUGGUCUUGCAAGCCCAACGGUGAAGAGGCCCCAGGGCGCUUCAC